CCCACCCAGCCCCUAGGGGAUGAUGUUUUAAAAGAGCUAGAGCGAGGGAGGGAGAGCAUUGAAGAGUGAAAAUGAGAGACAUUGUCAUGGCCAGCAAAUCACCACCACGUUCCAAUUCAAUAAUUCUCAUCUACUUCCCCUGCUUUUGUUUUCUUCUCUGUUUCUUCUCCGCCGGUGCUGUUCCUAUCAGCCUCACUAAACAACAAGAGCUGGACCGCAUCGCCGCCCUUCCCGGCCAGCCGCCGGUCACCUUUUCGCAAUUCUCCGGCUACGUCACCGUCAAUGAGAACCACGGCCGGGCGCUCUUCUACUGGCUCACCGAAGCUACCCGCAACCCUGAGAAGAAGCCUCUUGUUCUCUGGCUCAAUGGAGGGCCUGGUUGCUCAUCCGUGGCUUACGGAGCAUCGGAAGAAAUAGGUCCAUUUCGGGUCAACAAAAACGCUUCUUCUCUCUAUCUGAAUUAUUAUUCAUGGAACAAAGUGGCAAAUAUUCUGUUCCUGGAAUCACCUGCCGGUGUAGGAUUCUCUUACACAAAUACAACCUCUGAUCUGAAAAACUCUGGGGACAAUAGAACAGAAAAUAGGGCGAAACCUGUAAAUUCAGCCAAAACAACUUACAGAAUGAGGCCUGAAAGUAUUCAUGUUGAAACCAAUUAACUUAAGCUGGUGUUCAUGGCAGCUAAUGACGCCCUAAAUUUCCUCAUAAAAUGGAUGUCAAGAUUUCCACAAUACAGAUACAGAGAUUUCUACAUUGCUGGAGAGAGUUAUGCAGGGCAUUAUGUCCCCCAGUUAGCAAACAAAAUCUUUGAUUACAACAAAGGAUUAUCCAAGCCGGUCAUCAACCUUAAGGGGUUUAUUGUCGGAAAUGCCGUUACAGACAACUAUUACGACAACAUUGGAACAGUAACAUUUUGGUGGACACAUGCGCUGAUUUCAGACAAGACAUAUAAGAACAUCCUAAAAUCAUGCAACUUUACAUCAACCGAGUCAUCAAGCAAGUGUGACGAUGCAGUGAGUUAUGCCAUGAACCAUGAGUUUGGGAGCAUUGAUCAGUAUAGCAUAUAUACACCAUCUUGUAAGGCAGCAGAGAAUAGUAAUACCCUUAUAAGGCUGAAGAACACACUAAUACACAGAAGAGUCUCUGGAUAUGAUCCAUGCAUUGAAAGUCAUGCAGAAAAAUAUUAUAACAGAGCAGAUGUGCAGAAAGCCAUGCAUGCAAACACUACAGGAAUUCCUUAUAAAUGGACCGCUUGCAGUGACAUACUGUUAAAGAACUGGAAGGAUGCUGAAUUCUCAAUGCUACCAAUAUACAAGAAGCUAAUAGCUGGUGGUCUUAGAAUCUGGGUUUUCAGUGGAGAUACAGAUUCAGUUGUUCCAGUGACAGCCACAAGGUUCUCUCUCAGCCACCUUAAUCUCAAGAUUCAAACACCAUGGUACCCUUGGUACUCUAGCGGACAGGUGGGAGGGUGGGCAGAGGUGUAUAAAGGACUCACCUUUGCCACAGUCAGAGGAGCUGGCCAUGAAGUACCCUUAUUUCAACCAAGGAGAGGCUUUAUACUGUUCCAGUCAUUCUUGGCUGGCAAACCAUUACCCAAAUCUUGAAAGCAACCUGAUAGGGUUCUGAUGCAAUUCAUUGUGCCCAUGAAAAUUAUGGGACUAGCAAAACAGAUCAACA